CUUUACCUCUGCCCUUUGUUCAAGGCACGCGUCAACGACGACACGAACGACGACGAGCCUCCUCUUCCCAUCACCAACACAUCUCGUCCAUCCGCACGCGCCCGCCCCUUCUCCCAAGCAACCGUUUGCUUGUGCUCAUCACUGGCACGCCUCUGCCCAUCAAGCGCGGUCGCCUCUUCUCCUGCCCUUGAACUCGGCCAUCCGUCAACUUUGCCCUUGCUGCAGUCGACCAUUCAUCAGCGCAGCAGCAGCAGCAGCAGCAGCAGCCCUAGUUGUUCCACCCUUUAGCCCACGCUCUUCACCAUGUCAGGCUACUCGAAUCCCACAACGGGCACCUCGCAGGUUGGCUCCCUAAUGCCUUCACGACGAGCUCCCCCUGUUCCACGACCCUCUCAGCCCACGCAUCAGCCCAAUGCUGGCAGCAUGGGCAGCAUGGGCGCAUCGAUGGACAGCAUGGGCAGCAGAGGAGCGAGUGGAGGAGGAGGGACAGGCACAGGUAGCGGCGGCUUUGUGCCUCCCUUGUCGCAGUACUCGUCCCAGGGAAGCUUGAGCGGAAUUGGUCAAGGGCCAGGUGCAGGCGGUGGUUCUUACACUGGGCCACUGAGGCCAGCAGGUCCAGGUGCAGUCGCUCCCAGUAGCAGUGGUGGCUGGGGUGUACCGUCGUCUUCCUCAUCUUCGUCCUCGUCGGGCGGUAUAGUCAGAAAGGGCUACGUGUCGGUCAAGGAGGACGGCAUCCGCAGCUGGAUUUGGAGCAAGCGUUGGCUUGCCUUGCGAGAGCAGACGCUUACUUUCCACAAGAAUGAGACGACGUACCAGGCUGCAGCUCUCAUCUUCCUCAAGGACAUCACCAACAUCACUCGCACCGAUCUCAAGCCGUAUUGCGUCGAGAUUGAGUCAAAGGACAAGACGUACUAUCUGCAGCUAAAGAACGACGAGGAGCUUUAUGGAUGGAUGGACGACAUUUACGCUCGCUCGCCUCUUAUGGGCGUAUCCUCGCCGACCGACUUUGUACACCAAGUCCACGUAGGCUUCGACCCUAUCUCGGGCGCUUUCACAGGCUUGCCAGAGCAGUGGACUCGCCUCUUGACGACGUCGGCCAUCACCAAGGAAGACUAUGCCAAGAACCCACAAGCAGUCCUCGACGUCCUCGAGUUCUACACCGACAUCCAAAAGAGGGACCGAGACGACUUCGGUCUGGGUAACGCGACAAUGGGACUGCAGGCAGGCAGCAAGCCGGCGCCACGCUUCGAUGCUGGUACUGGCUUCGCAGGCAGCCAAAGCCAUUCUCAGACAACAUCGGCCUCGUCUUCGUCUUCCAAUGGCUCGCUGCGACCCAACGACCCCAACGCAGGCAGCGGUCGAGCAGUCAGCCCAAACCACAACCCUCCGCGACCAUCUUUCGGUGACAACGGCAUGCGCACGGGAGCCGCUUCGCCGGGGCCAAGGCCGUCGAAUGCGCCUGCUAUGGGCAAGUCGCCGCAGGACCUCGUAGCCAGUCGCAAGGCGCCUUCUGCUCCUCGGCAGGCCCCGCAGCCCCCUGGAAGCGGAGGCAGCAGUGCCAACAAUGCCUCGCCCAGCGUGGCCGCCCUCAAUGUCAAGGCUAAAGAGCUCAAACUUGGCGGCCCUGCUCAACAGCACCAGCAACCGCAGCAACAGCCCGUUGCUGCGCCAGCUCAGCCUGAGCGCAAGCCGUCCACAUCAUCUCCCUCUCAGCAGCAGGCGCACCUACGGCAACAGCAGCAGCAUCAGGCAGCUCCAAAGGCCAGCAAGCCACCACCUCCCGCUGCUUCCUCCGGUGCUGCGGGCGCGGCGACGUCGUCAUCGACUACGAAGCCGCUACAGCCCAAGAAGGCGGCCGACGGAACGUCCAUCUCCAAGAAGGAGCAAGAGAGGCGUAUCAGCACCAUGAGCGAGGCGCAGAUCAUGGAGAAGCUUCGCAGCGUUGUCAGUCCCGAGGACCCCAAUCAGUUGUACAGCAAGAUCAAAAAGGUCGGACAAGGCGCCUCUGGCUCCGUCUACGUGGCCAAGACUCUCUCGACGGGCCAGCGUGUGGCCAUCAAGACGAUGGAUCUCUCCCAUCAGCCGCGCAAGGAGCUCAUCGUCAACGAGAUUCUCGUGAUGAAAGAAUCCCAACAUCCCAACAUUGUCAAUUUCCUCGAGUCGUACCUUGUCCGCAACAAUGAGCUCUGGGUCAUCAUGGAAUUCAUGGAAGGUGGUGCCCUCACCGAUAUCAUUGACAACAACACCCUCGAGGAAGACCAAAUUGCCGCCAUCUGCCUCGAGACGUGUAAAGGUCUGCAACACCUUCACGCGCAGAGCAUUAUCCAUCGUGACAUCAAAUCGGACAAUGUGCUCUUGAACAGCUCUGGUCAGGUCAAAAUCACCGACUUUGGCUUCUGUGCGAAGCUGACCGACCAAAAGAGCAAGCGCGCAACCAUGGUUGGUACCCCCUACUGGAUGGCGCCGGAGGUUGUCAAGCAGAAGGAGUACGGGGCCAAGGUCGACAUCUGGUCUCUUGGGAUCAUGGCCAUCGAGAUGAUCGAGAAUGAGCCCCCUUAUCUCGACGAGGAGCCUCUGAAGGCUCUUUAUUUGAUUGCGACCAACGGGACACCGACGCUCAAGAAGCCUAACUUGCUCAGUGUGGAGCUCAAGGGCUUCCUGGCCGUCUGCCUUUGCGCAGAUGUCAAGAGUCGAGCGACGGCGGAUGAGCUGGUUCAGCACGAAUUCUUGGGCAAGAGCUGCCCCUUGAGCUCUUUGGCGCCUCUGCUGAGGUUUAGGAAUCGAGGCGGGGAUAAGUGAGAGCAGGUUGACGAGAAGAGCGGUCCUUGGCUUUGAUCACUCUCUGUUCCGCCGCUCGUUGAUCUCUGCUUCCCUCUCGGUUGCUUGCUGCGUCGUGUGUCACAACCCCUCCACCACCCACCAGCCCAGC